AUGACCGAAACCGCUCCCAAACUCAGUUUUUAUAAAUGCCAGUUUGGUUUUGACGGGCACUCGCGUACGACCACGGCGGUAUAUUUCUGUACGUUUGCUUAUCCAAAGUCAAAAUACGCAACGGGAGAAGCUAGACGCGUGCUCUAUGUAGUUCGACGCGCGUGCUCCGAUUUCAAGGAUCCGAAUAAAUUCCAGGAUCGAUUUGGAAGUGAAAUGGCAACUCUCGAAGCACCAACUCGACCGCCUCCCUCCUCGGCUCAAAAGGCUGCCUCGAGGCCAAAGAUGUCGUUGCCAAUUCCACCACUAACGAAUUCCUUGUCCGCGGGAAGACUUAAAAAUACCCCUUCCGUGCUAUACAGGGGUAACCAGAAGUAUUUUCUGCCUCCUGCCACGCUGUCACGGGUCUCCGAUCACCACGAGAACCCCUUUAUGCACAUGUACCAUACAAAAGCGUCCGAAUUUAUGUUCAAACAGUUCGAAGGUGUAAAAGACUUCACGAUGAGCACAGCGAAGAGCAGCCUAAGUGUGGGUGAAAAGUUUGCGUUUUGGUUUUACAGCAAGUUGAAGUGGCUUUCCAAGAAGUGGUUCACUCAUUUGUUUUUAUCACUAUGUCUACUCGCAUACAGCAUCCUUGGAGCUGGUAUAUUCGCAACUCUGGAGGGUGAGUCG